AUAAAUUGGAUUUAUUUUUCAGCUCCAGAAACAUGGCUGACACAAUAAAUGUGACUUCAUCUUCCAACCAGACCUGCGAUGCUGUUAACACUUCAGCCUAUCCUUUCUUUAUGCUGGUCUACAGUCUAGUGUUCCUGGUGGGGUUAAUCCUCAAUGGCUUCAUCAUGAAGUUUCACUUUUGUGGAGCACAGCAGCGGGCAUCGAGCAGCUUGAAGAUCUACCUGAAAAACCUGACAGCUGCUGACUUCCUGCUCUGCCUCUUUCUGCCACUCCGCAUCACCCACUAUGCCAGCAGCUCUGUCAUCAUUCGGCAGCUCUACUGUAGUUUUGGAGCUUGUGCCAUCUUCCUCAACAUGUACGCCAGCAUCAUAUUCAUGGGCUACAUCGCAGCCAACAGGUAUCUAAAGAUCAUCCAGCCUUCAGGAACUCACAUCCUGCAGACAGCAAAAACUGCCCACAUCAUUUCCAUCAUUACCUGGGUCUUUCUCCUGGUUCCGACUGUGACAUACACCAUCCUGUUUUUCAUCACCCAGACCCCUGUGACCUCUAACCCCAGCUGCUGUGAUCCCUUCUUUAGUGAAUCAAUCAACACCUCCCGCAGGGUGUUGCAGGCACAGCAGAGGCAGCUGGCCUCCUCUGGCUCCGAGAAGCUUGUGAAGUCUCGCAGGAACAUGUUGGUGCUGGUCAGCAUCUUCUGUGUUUGCUUUGUCCCCUAUCACCUGGCUCGUCUUCCCUAUAGUCUUCUGCGGAGCAAUGACUCUGUAGGCUCAGUCUUGAACUAUGUAAUGGAGGUGACCACCAUGGUGGCAGUUUUCAAUGUCUGCCUGGACCCUGUUGUUUACUUUUUCCUCUGUAAGUCUUUCCGGGCAAAGAUGAGGAAGGUGGCCAUUGUGACCAAUAUCCGACAAGCAACUGAAGAGAGUGAGCUCAGCCACGAGCAUCUGGACAUUAACAAUCUGCAGGAGACAGACACAACACUGUGA